AUGACUAUCAAAUCAUACUUUGUCGAUAAUAUCAAUCACCGUCGAUAUCCUCUCAAUGGUGUUAUUCCAUCGGGCCGUCAGCCGACUGAAGCACAUGCCAAUAAAUUAUUUCAGAAUCGUGUCAUUGUGGGUGCAUUGAAACUUCCGCCCAAAGUUGAUCUUCGUCCGGAUAUGACAACUGUCGAAAACCAAUACACGGCAAAUAGUUGCGUGGCAAACUCGCUUGCUGGAUCAUAUGAAUAUUUGCUCAAAAAAUCCUAUAGUACACAAAUCGAUGUUUCUCGUCUCUUCAUCUAUUACAAUGCUCGAUAUCGAGAUAAUCCAUCCGGUGAAAUUACAGAUAGUGGUUGUAUGAUUGAUGAGGCCAUCUCAGCGUUGUCUGAAUAUGGUACUUGUCUUGAAUCACUUUGGCCCUAUGAACUUUUAAGCGUAAACAUUCAACCAAGUGCGGAAGCCUACGAAUCUGCCAAAUAUCAUACGAUCGUUGAUUGGCUUCAAGUGAAGAUCAAUCUCAAGGAAAUGAAAGCGGCUCUGGCACAAGGCUAUCCGUUUAUAUUUGGAGCGGAAUUAUUUAAUUCAUUUAGCAUGGCUACUCAAUCAGGUGUAGUGCCCGUACCGACGGCCACAGAAAGGAUCUAUCACUUUGAAUUUUUUAGCUACCAUGCCAUGUUGGCUGUUGGCUAUAGUGAUCGAUCACAGAUGUUUAUUGUUCGAAAUUCGUGGGGUCCGGAAUGGGGGGAUCAAGGUUACUGUUAUAUUCCAUAUGCCUAUCUAGCUGAUCCAAGUUUGUGUUUCGAUGCAUGGGUGAUUCGAAAAUUGGCUACAGAUGACUUUAGUCAACAUGGUUGGUUCUUUCAAGAUACAGUUAAUUUCAGAACAAAAAAUAAUGCCAAUAACUAUACUCCUGCACGUGCGGCUCAAAAUAAUGCAAUUAUUUAUGUUGAAGAGCCUGAUGACCAUCAAGAAGUAACUAAUACAGCAGAAGCGCAACCUACGCUCCACAAAGAAUAA